UUGAGUAACACUCGGCCUUUAUCAGCGUCUCAUUCGCUUUUGCUGUCUGAAUCGCAAAUGUUGCACCGGUCACCAUCUGGUGCGCAGAAGAAAAUACGUCAACGUCAAGAAAAACGGUUUGAUCUGACGAAUCAGUCGUCUGCGUCUGCAUUGCCCGCUUCAUCAGCAUCACCACCCACCGCAGCAGUCACAUCGAAUAGCGUCGAUCAUCGAUCAAUGGCCUCUUCAGUAUCAACGGCAAACACAUCGUCGGUUGAUUGUGAGUAUCGCUCGGUGAUUGAUUCUGGUGCUUAUCACUCCAUAUUACCCGAUGAACCACCAUUUAUUGUCACGCAGUCAAAGUCUUCUAAACCGCAACCACCACAACCGCCUCCAAGACCAUCACCACCCAAGGUCUCCGUAUCUACGCCACCGUGGUCAAUACCCUCACCAAUGAGCUCACCGAAUUCAUCGCUGAACUCAACGACUAGUGGUGGUUAUGCAUCAUCGAUACCGGCUAAUUCACUACUCAAUUCAGCGUUUAUCGUUGAUUCAGGUGGUAAGCCAAUGGUUGAAGUGCACCCAAUGCCGUCACAACAGUUCACUGAGCCAGCUUCAUUAUCGGCAUCAUCGUCACUCAAAGAUUUCCCGUCAUCUUGUGAAAAUCAAAAUCAGAAGCCAAAGGAAAAACCUCGAGUUCCAAAGAAACCGAUGAAUUUGGUGCUGAAUUCCUCAUCAAAGCUCAACUCACCGUCUCUAAACGCUCUUUCAUUAAGUUCAACCUCAUUGAAUAUGCUCCCGUUUACACCGUUAACACCUUCACAAUCUUCCACUUCAGUUAGCAGAUUAUUCACGACUCCAUCACUAAUUUGCCUUCAUACAGCUUUAAUGAAAACCGAUCUGAACGAAGAAGAAAUCGCAAAAGUUGAAUCGAAACGGCAAAAGGUAUGCGCGGUUUGUUUCUAUUCAGCCGUAGGCGGAAUAAAUUUCUCAAUUCUGCUGGAUGAACGUUGGUCACUACUUCAGCUAAUCGAAUCGUUAUCGAAGAAGAUCACUGUGUUGGAUGAAGAACAUCAAUCGCUACAAACAGAAAUUGAAUCGAAUGAGUUGUUACGAGGGAAAUUGAUCGAAGAACUCACGUUGAAGGGUAGCAGUGAUGUGAGUGAGCGAAUGCGUUUGAAUCUAGAUCACAAUACCAAACUGAUCAGAUUGCAGACAAAGUUACGAAUGCAGUUGGAACGACUGGAAAGUAUGCUGAACAAUAAUAUGGAGGGCAUCGAUAGGGAGGCCAUAUCGGCAAGAAUUGAACGUGUCAAAAGUCAAAUAAAUGAUCAGUCGAGUUUGAGGGAGGUGUUCGAAAGAAGAGACAGUCUUUUAAGCGUUAUCAUUGAAUCACGCCUCGACGAUGAGUCUGUACCUCAGUGGAGGCUGUAUAAAGAAACGUGGAAAAAACUGACAGAAGAACAGCAGGAGAUUGAGGAACGUCUUCAGAUAGCGCGCGAUCAGUUGUCUGCAUUACAAAAUGUACAAGCAGCAACAACUCCUACCGCCUAG